AUGGCCAAGAGGAAAUCAUCAACCGCAAAAGGUUCUCGAAAGAACGCAGCCAGCAAGAUUGAUCAAUUGUUGAUAGAAAUGUCUAAAAAUUACACUCCUCCCCCUCCCGAAGUGUUUGCUGAGGUUGAGGACAAGUGGGUGAGAGUUAAAGUUCGGUUGAUGAAUUGGGAAAAUAUGGGUUUUCAACUCCGAGUAAGGGAAUCUACGAAUCUUUAUACAAUUGAACAGAAAAUACGAGAAAGGCACGGAGGUAGUAUAACAAAUGUAGUAUUUUGGAAAGAUGGUGUGAGUCCUGAAAAUGAGAUCGGGAACAAUCCUGGAGAUUUAAAUAACACUCUUCGAUCUAUAUUUCAGUUUAAUCAACAGGCAGGACGUUACGUUGCAAAUAAUUCCAAAAACGAAGGACCAAAAAUCAAGUUGCAGCAAGAAGACGAGCUCAACGAAAAUCCAAUGUCUGCUAGAAGUACUAAAAAAUUUGAUUUAAACGAAGAUGUUAUUGAGGAAGAAUGCGACUAUGAAUGUACAUUAUUUUACGACUUUACUCCUUUUGAGACAGAUUGUCCUUUGCUUCAAAAUUCGCCUCGUUUGGCAGAUUUAGGGCCAAAGGAGGAUGAACAAAAGAAAAAGAGAGUCCUUUAA